AUGAUAAAUAAAAUUGAGAAGACUGAAAUCUGUUUGAAUGUGGUGAUAAGCUGUGAUAAGAGUAAAGCUAGAAGCAAAAGAAAUACGCAUGCAUAUCGAAUGGAAGGGAAUUCAGCCUUGAAAGAAAUGAAAGAGAAAAGGGAAAUUGAUGACGCUAAUGACAAGGGGAAGAUUUAUUCCCAUUGA